UGUGUGGAAAAUGUAUGAAACACCAUACAAGUCUCUUUCAGAAGCAUGCAACCUUGGGCAAGGAAUCCAUCAGCAAAUGGCCUGUUUCCAAUGCAACAUCGGAUGUUAUAGAUCGAUGUCGGAUACACAUAAAUAGGACAUUGGAAACAUUUUGUGAGGACCACAAUGAACUUUUAUGUACUGUGUGUCAUAUAUACAAUCAUCAGACAUGCAGCCGCGUUAAACUUAUUGCAGACAAAGUGAAAGAGAUGCACUUAGAAGGAGAGUUAGAUCAAUUGACAACAACUAUCAAAACCUUGCGUAUACAGUUGAUGCAGAAGAAAGAUUAUUUUGAGGACAGUUUAAAGUCUUUUGACACUCUUUACAAGACAACUAUGGAAGAAAUCGAUAAUUUACGCAAGGCAAUCAAUGAUUCUUUGGAUAAGCUGCAGAAGAAAACUAUCAAGAAAUUAGACGCAUCACUGAUAAGAUUGAGGACAUCCAUACAAACUGAUAUUGAACAUUGCAAUAACUUAAUCAAACAGUUGAUUGAAAAACACGAUUGGCUAAACAGAAAAGAUAACAAUGAAGCUCUUCAGUUUAUUAAAUACAGAAAAUGCCUUAAAGAGUUAAACCAGACGAAAGAGGAAUUACAACAAAUGACAACAAAGGAUGUGACCACACUGGCAUUCAGUCCCGAUAAAACCAUUCAAAUUUUUGUGGACAUUCUUUUUGGAUUGGGUUACAUACCUAGCCAGGUAAACUCAGCACCCGGACAGAAAAGACAUGAUGUAUAUAAAACUACAAUGAUAUACAACAAAAAUGACCCUGAAUCAUCGGGCACAUCCAAACCAGGCCGGGUGGGCGAGGAAGUAUCUGGAAUACAUAGCAAGUCUGGAACAAACCCAGUAAUGAAAGUGAAGGAAACUAAACAGAACGCCACACAAAGCAAUAUAGCUUCAGCAACUUGCAAAACAAUAUCAAGUGAACUACAUACAACCAGCAGUAUGAACAUAUCAUCGCCGAAGUGUGAUCCAAACCAACUCAUAACGGUGAACAGUAGUAAGAUGACUACAGUGAGAAUGAAGAAAGAUUCAGAGACGUGCUAUAUAUCCGGUAUAUGUGAGACAGCUACUGGAGAACUCCUCGUAACAGACUGGAACAACAGCAGGAUUAAGCUUCUGGACAAGUCCUUCAAGGUCACUGACCACUGUGACCUUCCUGGAAAACCAUGGUCCACGUGCAUCAUUGACUCCAGUCUAUUGGCUGUUGCUCUGAAUAGCUGGGAAGUCCACUUCAUCAGACUCAAAAAACCUUUGUUAGGACUGAGCAGUCUGAAGUUGCAACAUGACGAGACAUUUAAGCUCUCACAUUCCAUAAUGGGUAUUUACCACCACCAGGGCAACCUUUAUGUUACGUCUGGCACAGUUCUGUACCACUACAAGAUUGAUGGGAGACGACUGAUGACGUGUGACGUGAGAAAGAUGUAUGAAGAUACAAAAGGUGGAAUGACCGUCACCUCCUGUGCAGUGAGUGCUGACGGAGAAAGGAUAUAUGUGGUUAAUUGGAAACAACGCCAGUUGGUAACGCUAACAAGGGAUGGCAACGUGGUAUCCACACGGAAAAACCGUGCUCUACGCUGGGGCAACCUGGUGGUGCUUCCGGGCCUCCAUGUGAUGGACUCAGGACAAGUUUUGAUAUGUGGCAUGGAAUCCCACACUAUUCUUCAGGUUGACAGGGAUGGACAACAGAGAAUGGCAGCGGUUGUAACAGAGGAGGAUGGUGUUCACUGGCCGAUAUCUGUGUACUACAGAAAGAAUAAAGAAUCGCUUAUUGUGGGAAUGAAGGACAAUGACAACAUUAUGUUGUUUGACAAAGAGCCACUGAUUGAAGAGCUUAGCUGGAGCUUUAACAAACAAAAAACAUUAAAAAAAAUAUUGACUAUUAUAUUUAUGUUAUUUGUCACAAUAGCAACAUUUUAAUACAUAUAUGUUUAUCAUUUAACCGAAUUGCUGUACACAAUAUGUUUUCCAUUAAUAUAGUUUUGAAUAUCACAUAGCUAUGCACUUAUAUGACGUACAACAUUUGUUUUAACAUCAAGUACUUUUAUAUUUAUAUUAGUACUCGAAUAAAGUGUUUAUGACUUAAAAAUAUGUUAUAUAACGGGAUAAUUUGAGAUUAAACCGUAUGCGUUUCGUGUAUUGUAUGCACUUAUUUCUUUCAAAGCUUGUAUUAAAGCAAGCAAACACGAGUACAUAAAGUAAGAAGUCUUGAUUGUUUAGUAACAGUUUAAUA